GGCGGAUCCAGAUUGACAGGCGCUGCUCCAUACUUUGAUAGUACAGUUUGCCCUUGUCCCAUCAUGCAAAUUGCUUCAGAAACAUCCCGGAGAAUUUAUACAGUUGCAUGCCACGGUCAAUACCGAUCUGUCUUGUAGACACAACAAUGCCAACACGUAACUCGGAGAUAGUAAUAGUGGGUUUUUCAAGAGCCAAUGCAAAAAGCCUCACGAAUCGCAGACCCACGCCAUGUCAAGCUCGCACAGUUGUUUGUGCCCAGAAACCAUGGCAAGGGUUGUGCCUGUACAACCGUUUAAUCAAGUCGAGAGGUAUCGGGAUGAAUGUGGACCCUUGGAGCUAUAAGUAUUCGUCUUGAUCUGUCUAUCAUACGUGACAGAGUCUAUGAGCAAGAACACUGCAUCCGUGAGACGACGCGCAAGGAUCGAGGCAUGGAAAUCACGCUGGGCGACAAGAUCAGGUUCUAUCAAUUGUUUACCGCGACCGUGUUCAAGUUGCAAUGGACCGAGAUCUGUUACCGGAUAGGAGGAUCAUUUUCUGGCGCCUUUCUAGCCCAGCGUCUCGCCAAUACACUUCCAAAUACCCAUCGAGUCAUACUUAUCGAGCGAUCUCACACUUCCACUACGUCGUCAACUUCCCCUGUUUCGCCAUUGUUCGCGGUGUACAGGAACGGGCGCUCGUUCCUUAUUCCCACCUGGCUUCUAGAUGCCCACAAGGUAUCUUCGAGCACGUCCAGGACACUGUCUCAGAGAUCACGUAUGAUAAAGAGCAGCUCAGACCCGGAGAAAGUGUAGGCUUUGACUUCCUUGCGAUCGCGACAGGAGCAACUCGACCCAGCCCAGCAAUCCUCCGGUCCACAACAAAGACGGCCGGCUGUGAUGAGCUGCAAGCAGUGCAAGCUCGAAUCUUCAUAGCCGAACGCAUUGCUAUCAUCGGAGGACGUCCAGUUGGGGUUCAAAUGUCGACCGACAUCAGGAGCAUCUACCCCAAGAAAUCCGUCUCUCUCUUCCGCGGUCACUCUCGCGUGCUCUCUGAGUUUGGUGAAAGAGGCCAAUAAUACGCUGCGAAAGCUGUGAGAAACAUGGGAGUCAUGACCUUUCUUGGGGAGCUUCAUUCUCUGCCGGAUGCGGCGGACACCGGCAAGGAAAGC